AUGCAGUGCGUAGUUAAGAUAUGUUUGGAGUAUGAAGCCAAGUUGGAGGAGAUUCGCACAGAAUUCUCAGUUGACGAUGUUUCAGACCCGGCUAAACCAUUAAAUUGGGAAGAACAAGACAUAGAGGAGGUUUAUCCUGCGCCCCAAACAACACGAGAUUCCCUCAUGACAUUGAUGUCAGAAGAUGAUCUUGACUCAUUGUACAAGACAGCAGAGGAUAUUUUCAAAAAAGUAAGCGUCCAGGAGAGAGGACGCAGCGACCUUUUGAAGGAAGAAAAGGGCGUCAGCGAGCUCAUUCCUUUCAAACAUAAUCCCGCCAAUAUUACAAGCUCGCCAAACUCGCGAUCGAGAUUACUUUCAUCACCAGAACGCCAUGAAUUAGGAGACGGUGAGACCUUUAGAGGAGGCAUAGUUGAGCACGAACUAAAUAACGAAGCGACUGGAGACGAACCAUUUUACGUCAAUGAUUGCGAUGACGAUAAAAAAUCCGAGACAGAGCCUGACUGGGAACAGCCUCGUUCGCUGGACUUAUCUGGCACUCAGUACUACGAUCCAGCUUCCGGUGCACUUAUAGAAAGCGGUGAUACGAAGUUAAUUGAAUGCACUCCAAAUACAGCCAGAUCGAUAAGUGUCUUUGAUAUCAGACAGUCUAUGAAGCUUCGUCGUUUUCACCAUGUUCUUUUCACUUAUCCCGAUCCUCACGCAGAAAAGGAUAACAAUCUCGCAUUUUCUCAGGUACUGCUCACCGGAUCCUUUUUUGGUUGGAAACUGUCAAUGCCAAUGCAGCGGGAAGGGGACGUCUUCCGAUUGUCAAUUACUUUGCCUGCGGGUGAACAUGAAUACAAGUUCCAAGUGCAUCGUAGUAAAUGA